AAUGAACCCAGAAAACCCCACCGACCACCUCUCUGCGACCGCAGAACCAGAGCCAACACGGCGACCCAUCUGCGCGAACUGCUCGCGGCCCAGCCCAGUCUGCCUCUGCCAGAGUCUUCCGGCCCGGCCCAUCCCAACCAAAACCCAGAUCGUGAUCGUCCACCACCCCCACGAGGCCCAUCACAAGCUCUCCACAGUCCCAGUCCUCACCAAAUGCCUCCUCAACUCCACCACCAUCGUCACCCGCCGCCUCCGCAACGGCCCCUCCCCUCUCCUCGACCAAUCCCUUCCCGCCAUCUACCUCUUCCCCCCCACCCCUUCCUCACCCGCCGUCACCCUAUCCCAACUCCUUUCCUCCCUAGAUCCCCAACGCACCCCUCAGGUCCUGAUCGUCUUCGACGGGACCUGGAAGCACGCCAAGGAGAUGGUGAGCGCGAGCGAGGGGUUCCUGUCGAGGUUCGCGACUAGGGUUUGCUUGGACUACGACGAGAGCGCGAGUGGUGGGAGCAUAUACGAUUCGGAGUUGAUUCUGAGGAAGGAGCCGUGCGGUGGGUGCGUGAGUACUAUGGAGGCGGUGGCCAGAGCCCUGAGGGUUCUCGAGCCCAAUGGGUCGGAGAUUGAGAGCAAACUGAUCGAGGUUUUGCGGGAGAUGGUGAAAUUGCAGGCUCGGUACUUGAAGCCCAUGAAGCCCCGGCCCAAGUUGUUGAAGAAGGGCAAGGAGAAAAAGGAGUUGACGGAUCAGAGUGAGACUUCGGACCUAACUACGUCGUAUUAAUUUGCUGUAUUGUAUUGGUUUGAAUUUCUAAUGCAUUGGUAUUGAAUUUUUGAUAAAUUAUGGUA